AUGCCGGACGCGGCUAGUUCCGAGAACACGUCUUCUACGUCCAACGGGCCCUUCUUUAACAUUGAUGAUAUUCUUGGAAAGAAUUCGGGAUCAGACGAAGCCAAUUUCCAGCAGCUCUUCAAACCAAAUGUUCGUAACAUGGCAGCGCCUGUUUUCAGGCCGUUGCUACGGCCAGGUCUGCGACCGGCUUCUGUGCGCACUACUUCCUUGCUGGAGCAGGGAGAUCAGCAUCCCUCGUCCGCAUCCCAAGAACUGCUGUCCGUAAGCAAGGCGGAUAGUGAGGACAGAAGUGCAGCAACAAUACCUUCUAGCACUAGGAAGUUUGUUCCAUUAUUAAGAUCAAAGGGAGGACGGGCGCCUUUUCGACAGUUGGCACAUGGUGCCACAGGAGCAUAUGAUUGUACCGACAGCCCUCCCGUUGAGAGACCCAAUUCUUUAGCUACGUCAACCAUGUUGCAGCCGCAAACGACUAUUACUCAGGGUCAAUCUGCUAAUAUGCCAAACGUCGUGUCGAGUCAGACAUCCUCUUCCUCGCCUUCCUUAAACCCAAAACUGGCGCAUGUGAUUGUGUCAGAACGAAGAGAUGAGCCGGCCCGUGUUUUGACUUUACCACGUUUAGAGAAACUACGAAACGCAAUCAACCACCCGAUGCUACCGAAAGCCGUACUGCCCCGACUUGAUCAAAGAAGUCCUUUUGUGCGGCGUGGAUCUGCAGAUAGAACGGGACCUGAACGGGUCACAGCAAAAAAGAUUGAUGCAGCAGCAGAGGGGAAAGAAGUGCUAUCUGAUAAUGAUCGGAUGAAUAUCUCAUCAAGUGCCUCGACAAUCUCGAUGGGCGACGCAGUGGGUGUGAGGCAAAAGAAUACCUCAGCUGAAAUAUGCGGUGAAGAGAAGCCGAAGGGUAUCAAGCGUAUCUUGACGCCAGCUGUACCUAGAGCUAUUUUAGGCUCCAUUCAGAGGCCAUCUGUUCGGAACCUGCCUUUAAUGCAUGCCCCGCCCUUGGUAUCAGCCUCAGCCACAACGGAGAGGCAAAUAUCCCCGAACCCCAGUUCUACUUCUAACGCUGCCGCUGCGCACGCGACUGUGACGUCAGGAGUUGAACAUCACCAAGCCAAAACUGUGAUAAGGGAACGGUCUCAAAGUUCUGCACUUCUUAGUCCAUCUUUAGGAGAAGAUGGGCAUUGUGGUUCUAAGCCGAAAGAUGAUGACGGGGUGUCUCCAACUGAUAUGGAAGUUUCGCGUGAUCCAUUGCCACAGCGGCCAAUUACACCGCAGCGUCGUUGGUCUAGAAGCACUCCAAUGUCUUCUCGAGAGGACGGUGCGUAUCACAGCCCUCCUGCGACGCCGCAAACGUUAGCCGCACAUGAGCAACCAGAGCAGCGCCGUGAACGCACAGGCAAUAGCGAAUCGGAUGAGUUAGCUGCCGGUAGAGCUUACGUACCGAUAGCAUCCUAUGCAACACGAGGCGGUGAGCAACGGCGGACAGAUGAAUCCCGCGGGGGCAUGGUGUCGAAUAAGAGGAUCCACUCUGGAUCAACGAUGCAACCACCAGUUCCGCAGAACCUGUUUGAAUUGUCCCAAAACGCGGUACAGCGUGCCAAUAUGUAUGCUGGGCAGUUUGAGCAAUUGUCAAAGGAGAAAAGUCUUGCUCAGAGUGUAUCAUUGUUGCCAAGUGGCACGCAAUACCAGCGGCCAAGCACUCCUGCCAUUGAAGCAAGGGAUUGGAAGACAAUCUGCACGACAAUUGUAGGAGAUGUGCUUAUGCUGGUGAAUAGCGGAUUCUUGAUCACAUUUCUGUAUCAGACACAAGAAGUGGAGCAGGCCACCCGUCAGGCACUCGAUGGAAUCGAGCAAGACAAUCGGUUCACUCUACGACAGCACAUGGAGCUCGAUCAGAUCGACCGGACCAUGCAGAUUUUGCGGAGUGAGAUCGCAGAUCAGCGUGCACGGAUCCUGAACAUGGCCUGCGACAUGCUUAUACUUUUGCGUGACGACGAGCUAAAGCCGCCCGCGGAAACAAGGGAUUCCAAGAAGCGGAAAAGAAAUGAGAUGGAUGAGGGGCGGGACGCAUCUCCUCUUGAAGCUUCCCACUCCAUCCCAGUUGUAAUGGACACGGCGCAUGCACUCAAACUAACCCCACUUGAUUCCCAAACAGGCGACCCAGGGAGUGACCAUGUAUCAAGCAGCGGCGAAGGCAGUGAACCUAUUUCGAACACCAAGGAUUCUUUACAGCCUAUUAGCACUGUGAAGCAUGACAAGCAGGACUCGGACAAUGAAUCCGUCGAUUUGAUGUAG